CACCCGGACUUCCUCCCGGAUGUUUCUGUUGAGUCAAGCCUGAAAGUGACCCAGUAUCGCGAUACUUCCCUUUUUACAUUCAUCCCUGACGUCUCUGUAGUACAGGAACGGGGAGAGCGGUAUCGCGAGAUUUGGAUGAGUUGACUGAACGCCACGUCUUUGGAGAAACAGAACACCAGCUUCUAGUGGACUGGAAGUUUGGUCCUCACACCUUCAGCCUGUCUCCCAACGCACGUCCCCGGCGACCAAACGUCUGUCCUCCAACCGUAAGCCUCUGUGAAGGAACGCCACCAUGGCUGACGCGAAGCUACUGACGCUGUCGCUGCUGCUGCUGCUGGCCGCGCAGUCGUGCAGCCCUCACUCCCACUCGCACGGCGAGGGCGGUUGCCAUGGCCACGCUCACGGCGGCUCGCAGAAGAAGAUGCACCACGGGGCGAGCAAGUGGAGCGCCGAGGCCAACGUGGCCCCCACCGACGAAGACGGGCACGCACACGACCACGGGCAUGACCACGGGCAUGACCACGGGCACGGGCAUGACCACGGGCACGCCCACGACCACGGUCACCACCACGGGCACGCCCACGGGGAGGAUCAGGUGGUGCACGUGCACAAGGAGGGCGAACACCGCCAGAAGAGGGAGGCGGAGUCAGGGAAGAGAGACACGCUGGAGCUCUGGAUCCAGGCGUUGGGAGCCACCAUGCUGAUCAGCGCGGCGCCCUUCCUCAUCCUCUUCCUCAUCCCGGUGCAGUCCAACAGCGAGCAGCACCAGAACCUCCUGAAGGUCCUCCUCAGCUUCGCCUCGGGGGGCCUGCUGGGGGACGCCUUCCUGCACCUCAUCCCACACGCCCUGGAGCCUCACUCUCACCAUGGCAACGAGGAGGCGGACCACGGCCACACGGAGGACGCGUCUGCAGACCACGGACACGCCCACGGGGCCAACCAUCGCCACAUGAUGUCCGUGGGGCUCUGGGUGCUGGGGGGCAUCGUGGCCUUCCUGGUCGUGGAGAAGUUCGUCCGUCUGGUGAAGGGAGGCCACGCCCACAGCCACGCCCACGACUCCCCCAAAGCCAAGGAGAGUGACGGGGAGGAGGAGAAGGAGGAGAAGGAAGGCAAAGACAAGAAGACGACGGUGAAGAAAGUAGAGACCCCCAACACGGAGAUCAAGGUGUCGGCCUACCUCAACCUGGCGGCCGACUUCACCCACAACUUCACGGACGGCCUCGCCAUCGGGGCGUCGUUCCUGGUGAGCCCGGCCGUGGGCACCGUCACCACGGUAACCAUCCUGCUGCACGAGGUCCCGCACGAGAUCGGGGACUUCGCCAUCCUGGUCCAGUCUGGCUGCACCAAGAAGAAGGCCAUGUGUCUGCAGUUGCUGACCGCCCUGGGCGCCAUGGCGGGCACGGCCUGCUCCCUAUUGGCCGAGGGCGUGGGCGCCGCGGCGACGGCCUGGAUCCUCCCCUUCACGGCGGGCGGCUUCGUGUACAUCGCCACGGUGACCGUGCUGCCGGAGCUGCUCUCCGGACGCUCGAGCUUCGGCCAAUCACUGAUGGAGAUCCUGGCCCUACUGCUGGGGGUCGGGAUGAUGGUGCUGAUAGCAGAGUACGAGUAGAGGGGGGGAGAGAGAGGGGGGGGGGGAGGGAGUGAAUGGGUGAUGCUUAGGGAGGGUAUUUUUUUAUAUUCCGCGCUUGUGUGCGUUAAGGUCCUUACACACACAGACAUAUACACACUAACACACACACACUAAACCUGGUUUACAUGCCACGGCGCUGCAGCCAGGCCGCCAUUCCACUGGUGAACUGUCUGAAUACUGUAUCCCCCAUCAACCCCCCAUCACCCCCCCAUCACCCCCCUUGUCCACGGGGCACCAGAGGGGGGGAGGGGGGGACCAACGGGACGGACCCGGUCUGCUCAUGGAGCUCGCAGGAUUGAGAUGAGGACUGAUAUCAAAUUAAAAAGCGCACAUUUACCGGACUGCACGGUUGAGCUGUGACGGCUGAUUUUCCAAGAGAAUGUAAAACAGAAUUGAUGUAAACUGUUGAGGAUUUCACGGAGCUUGGAUCGUUUUGAAGAGGGUCAUUUAUAGAUCUGACCAGAAGAGGGUGAUUGUGUUUAGUUCACUUUUGCGUCGAAAGAAAUUACUUUAAUUGAUGAGAUCGUCGCAGGUUAGGGCUUCUUUGGGGAUCACAUAGUGAGAUAUCAUUCUUAAAGAUCUGUUGUUUUUGUGGGCAACGCAUGUUAUUUGUGUUUCUUGUUUAAAUCAUGAGAUCAGGGUAACGGUUGGCUCCCUUCUCACAAUAUCCCAAUGCAGAAAGGUUAUAUCAACGCAACCGAUAAAACCGUCCCUGAAUGUUUGGCAUCAGAAAGGAGAAUGUACUUCGAAGUUGGACCAAAUUCAGGAGUAAUCCCAGGUUAGGGAAUGUCUAGUUUUGUUAUUUUCUCUGAAGGCGAACAAUAAAAAUGCAAUCAAAACAGA